ACUUCCAGAAAUUGGAGCCUGAUGGCGCUCCAGUGGAAUGACGGAAACUUGACGGUUGUCGAUUCGGACCUGAUGUUCUUUGAUCACAGCAACUACAACUGGAGCCAUAACAACAGCGUCUUGGAAGACACUUCACAAAAUGACCAGUUCAAUUUACCGUGGUGGAGAAUCGUCCUUUGGACAAUGCUCUUCGCCGUUAUGGUUGUUGUCAGCACCGGAGGAAAUUUGAUUGUCAUCUGGAUCGUUCUGGCUGACCGGAGAAUGCGCACGGUCACGAACUACUUUCUGGUCAAUCUAUCAAUCGCGGACACGAUGGUCUCGACGCUCAACGUCAUAUUCAAUUUCAUCAGUAUGGUCACCAAUGAUUGGCCAUUUGGCCGGAUUUACUGCAAAAUAUCGCAAUUCGUAGCCGUCAUCUCCAUCUGCGGAAGCGUCUUCACUCUCAUGGCAAUCUCCAUCGAAAGAUAUUUGGCUAUAAUGUACCCCUUACGGCGAAGGAUGGGCAAGAUGACGACCAUCGGCAUCGCUUUGAGCAUCUGGAUGGCCAGCUUACUCAUAUCGACUCCGCACGUCUUGUAUUCCACCACCAUUACGUACAAUGAAUCCGGACGUACGGCUUGUUACCUCGCCUGGCCUGAUGGUCCCACCUUCGAGAGCUACCAAGAGUACAUAUAUAACGUGAUGUUGACCAUCCUCACGUACUUCUUGCCUAUUUGCGCCAUGGGCUACGCUUAUUUCCAAGUCGGAGUGGAACUGUGGGGUAGCCAAGGGAUCGGCGAGUGCACGGAUCAUCAAAUGGAGAAUGUCCGGUCCAAACGACGGGUUGUCAAAAUGAUGAUUGUAGUCGUGACGAUCUUCGCCAUAUGCUGGCUACCCUAUCACGUUUACUUCAUCGUGUCGUGGCUGUUUCAAGAGAUCAACCAAUGGUCGCACAUUCAGGAAAUUUACCUUGGAACGUACUGGCUGGCCAUGUCCAAUUCAAUGUACAAUCCCAUCAUCUACUGCUGGAUGAACUCGAGGUUCCGCAAGGGCUUCCGGCGCGUGUUCUACUUUUGGUUCCCCUGCUUCAAACGUCCCGGUGAUACCUUUCCUCGCAACGGAGCAACAGCACAGUGGAACAGCUGUCCCGGAUCGCCCGAUCAUGCUCGAAGCGGCCGUAAUGGAGGAACGAGCAUUACGAUGAUGCCAUUGCAUCAUUUGAACCCAGCGACUGCGCGCUAUGAUCGGAAUCGCCAGCUGAUCAACCAGCAGCGGCCUAAAGUAACCCAAUGUACCAUUGGAGGCAUCCCAGCACGAUCGCAGAGGGAAGAAGAUAUCUUUGCAUAGAAAAGGUAAAAAUUUAGGCCAGAGAAUGAAGAUCAGAUUUUGUUUUGUUUUUAUUGUAAACUAAAAAUCAAGCCAGGACCAACCCGAAAGAGGCACGUCAGAAAUAAUCGUGAUUCUCUCACAUCCUACGUAAGAAAGAAAAAAAAAAAAAAAAAAAAAACAAGUUGCUUUAGCGUGCGUAUCAAUCUUGUUAAGAAAGAAACCAAUGAAGCGAACGUUUAUUGCUGUUCAUGGUUUCUUUAGUAUUUGUUUAUUUAUUUUCAAUUGCCGAAUGUUAUUCUCGUUCUGACAUCACGUCCUCAAUCGCACGAUAUCUGUUUAGAUAUUUGUGUAUAUCGUACUUGUUCACUUCCCUUCGGGAUAUCACGAAGCGAUUAUUAUCUAUUACCGUUCGUGAAUUGGGUGUUGGAUAUCCGGUAUCUCAUGUACAUAACCCAUUUUUUUUUCUUUAUGCUAUUCAAUCAUCAAAAAGAAAGUGGAACAAACCGUUUAGCACGUAUUUCUUCAAAAAAAAGCAGUCUAAACGAUUAGAAAAUGAAAAUAAUGAAGUGUAUAUUUAAAGUCGAACGGAUAAAAUAGAUGCGAAUGGGUUCAUCAUUUAGAUAUUCAAUGUUAUUUUUGGGGUGAGUGUUAGUGUCACGAGGAUAUAUGUACAGCGUAUAAUAAUUAUGCAAUUUUUUGCUGUCGGACAUGUAAAGUAGAGAGCACAAGUGAAAAAAAAAAAUUUAACCGUUUUUUGCUUACGUGAUAUCAAUUCUUACAUGGUAAAUUCAAAUCUCGGGAGCGACAUCGCUCUCUGAAUUUGCGAAAAAAAUACAAACAAAAAACUGAAUAGCCAAGAGGUAAAAAGCAAUUGGUGCAAAAUCGAAAUCCGAUUCGAUCAAAAUCUUUUCUUUCUCUUCCUUUCUCUUUUUUUUUGCAUAUUAUAUUUUUAAAAUAUUAUUUUGACGGUGAUAAUGUUUCGGUGUCGAAAUAAUUUCCUUGCGAUGUGUUGUAUGUAAAACCGAACAAAUGACUUUUGGGGUGAUUGAAAAUUGAUUCAAUAAGCGGCACAUCUAUGCAGGAAAUGACACGAUACCAAAAUAAUGAAUAAUCAAUGAUUUAACUGUGCACAAAAAAAAUUAUAAUAUUCUUUUCAAAUAUCAGCAAUGUGAGAAAGAUUCGAUGUAUUGUGUUAGUAUGAUGAAGACAAAUAAAUGUUGAUCUUAUUAUUUAUAUCAUAGAAGCUGGACGGCUAUCACAGUCAAAAGACAGAAUGUUUUUAAAAAAAUGCAUUUUUAAUGUAAAACGAAGAAGAAUGUAAAUAAAGACUUACGCCGCUGAAAA